AUGGGUUCUAAGUUGACCAGACAGAGAAGUCUCGAUUUCGACAGCAAAUUAUCCAAGAGGAGACGCCAGAGGAAUGACAACCACCAAGUGGAGAGCGAGAGAAGUAGCGACAGAAGAGGAGGAGGAGGAGGAGGCGGCGGAGACUUCUUGUUUACCUCCCUGAUGCUGAGGUCCGACAAGCUCCCGGGGAUGCUGCGGAAAACCAACCACAGCCCAUACGUCCGCCGGGUGGCCUGGAUCCGGGACAUCCAGCGGCUUCUCCGGGAGCAGAAGACGGAGCAGGCGGCCGAAGUGCUCAAACUGCUGAGAAAGGUAAAGGACUGGCAUUACUCUGGUGCACUUAGUUUGUCAGCGUUUGUAGUUGAUUCUCACCUUAAACUUGUCAUUGAUGGUAGAAACUGAUUUACUUAACGCAGUAACUUGGUUUUGUGUUUGAGAAGUAAGCUCAAUGUGGCUGUAAAAAAUGUCUUUUAUCGUUUUAUCUGAAAUUAAAGAAAUCAAGUGUCCAUAUGUACUUUAAAAUAAGCUCAAUUUAAUCUCUGUUUUUAUUUUUGUACUUAUUUUUAACUACUUGUGCCUACAUAGAUUUGUAGCAUUCAUUGGAGGCAGUCCCACUUUUCAUGUAUCAGCAGGUGUCAGUGUGUUAGUCUUUUUUUUUUCUCAAAAGUUAAAGGUAUUUAAUCACCUCUUCAGUAUAAAUGUUACCAUGAAAGGAAGCCUUACUGUCAUACAGUGAAAAAAGACUGUACCCUGUCGCCUUCUGUUUAUAAAUCGGAGGGGAAAGGAGAGUUUAUAAUGAGGUUUUAGCCUCAGUGGGUGAGAGUCUGGUCUGAAUGAACCACCUGUUUUGUCUGAGAGGGAAGAAAGCCAGCAAGUUCAUGAUCUGAAUAUUCAAUCAGCUCCAUAAAAAACAGAACACUGACUGUAUUAUGUGCUCGCCCUUUUCAAAAAAGAAAGACGAAAUAAAGGCGUCCAGGUCAGAUUAAUAUUUCUCUUUCAAUGUGAAGCUUGUAACUUUGCUUAGAUAGGCAGUUAUUUUGUCAUGAAUACAAUGCAGCUCCUCUUUUGAUAAGUUGUUUUUCUCAGAUCAGAUGAAGUCAUGUCUGUUCUCUUUACUGCCAUUGUUUAAAUGCCUCUUUUGGAGGAGUUUCCAAGUUUCCAAUAUAGCCCAGAAAUCCACAUGAGAAGAAGUCAUUUCUAAAACUCGGUUGACGUGUUAUUUAACAGCUUUGACAUGUCCCUAUUUCACAUCAGUGUGUUUCACUUUAUUGUCAUCAGCUUCAUAGCUCCUAACUAUAGGUGCGGUAUCUUCUUUUCUUAUUUUCAAUCCGUUACACUCUUCGUGUGGCACCUUCCCUAGUCUAAUCCUCACUUUCUUAAGAUUUAUCCAAACUAGGGGGAGAGAGAAAAGAACAGUCUUUAGAGCUCAGCUUGAGCUUUCCUCUGCCGCCUGGUAGCUGUGCACGGAUCAAAGGAGCACAGUUUUGAAGUUCAGACAAAAGCAGGUCUGAUCAAGAGGCCCCCCUUGUCAGGAAAACUCCCUGCCCAUCUGUACGCUGCCAUAGAAUAAAUUAUACAGAUGUGUGGAGAUUAAAGCAGGAAAUAAUACUGAGGAAAGGCUGUGGGCGUCUGCAUUGUAGACAGAUUUGUAGGUAUCUUUUGUCUUCUCUUGUGCUCUGCAGAAAGCUUUAAACUUCUUUGUAAACAUUCAUAUUCAUAUUUGUUCGAAGCAGGAGGAAUAUGACUCAUGCAUAGCAUCCUUUAAGACCUCAAUAUGUCUGUCCAGGUUUAUUAAAGUACUGCUGCAGUCUCUGAUAUCUCAUAAGAAGGAAUAUUUUAAAGAUCACCAUGUGCAUUUGUUGGUCGUGAGCAGGGGCAGCUUUUCCUCGAAGCUCGGCAUUUAAACUGCUCACGAAGCACCAAUACUCUCUCCAUCUCUAGCUGAGGUGAAGCCAGAGCACUGCUUCUGUUGUAUGUUGUUGGGGCUGGAGCCAAGUGUCUGACUAACAAUACUCCAGCCCUGAAAUAAAAAAAAGAACUGGCAGAAGAAAUCUUGUUGCUCUUGCCUUUUCCUCUCAGAAACGGAUGGAUUUGGAGAUAAUCACCUUGAGAUGAUGAAUACUGGAACAUGUCUCUUUAGAGGAAGUCAUUACUAAGAGAAACCAAUAACAUCAACCCCCACCCGGUAUCUGCAUCCCAUAUCUGCCUUCUGGGCCAUUAAGUUAAUUAGUUUGGAAUCUUCUAGAUAUUCAUUAGUAAACAAAGAAUCAGCAGCUACUCAUAUCAGUUAUGCUCCACAGCACGAGCAUGAAGUAACCAAUGUGCAGCCAUGGAGAUUAAGGUGGUCUCUGUUGUGCAUGAAUGACCUAACUGAAGUCUGAGGUCGUUUCCACACGUGUAGCUUGUUUGAAAGAUUCAAAUCUUGGUCAGAAACCACUGAGCAAUAGACAGCUAUUGGACGUUAAGUUAUUUUUUACACCUAAUUUCAACCUUCUAGAUUCUGUAUCCACUAUGCGAUAAGUAUUUAUUUCAAAAAGCAACUGUGAGCUGCAUAACUGAUCUCUAAGUACUUAACCAAAAUAAUUAUGAUAGCCGUUGAGCAAUAUACUGGUAGACCUCUGUUAGCUGGCUAGUCUAAACUCGGUCUAAAUUUAGACGUCUGAAAACUUUCAUUUUUAGACCUGUGGUAGCCAGAUUUUAGACGAGUCGUCUAGACUACAUUUAGACGUCUAUUAGACCUCUUUUAGACCAAAAAAUGCUCAUCGGGAUGUUACUGUUCAUACAGUAAAAAGUUUAGUAGGAAGUGUGAGUUUUAAGUUCAAGGAUGUAGUUCGAGUUUAAAGCUUGAAAUCUAAAGCUCAGGUGCUGACAUGUUGCUCUGGUGAAAUCUAGACAUGUGCAGAAGCAGUCUGGUCAGCGGAGCGCCUGAAAUGACGUCACACUCCCCCUCCUGCCAACCAAAACACACAUUAAACUUACUAAUUUAACGCCAAAGAGCCCUCAGUAUAGUGCAGUCUUCAGCGGAACAGGUUCUUGUUUUGAUGUGAAGAAGACUCUCGCAGUUACCGAGAGUUCAGUGACUCUUGUGUUAUUGUUUGUUAUGUUUCCUCUCGCUGUUCCUGCUCUACUCUGCUUAUCCAGUAAAGGACGCCUCAAAAGCCCGUACUCUUCAACAGAGCUGCCAGUUACUCGUGUUUUCAAACCGGAUGACUAAUUAAAACUAAACUUCUUUCAAAAAUAAACACUCGCACAGAAAUUAGCAUGAUAAAGACUCACUCCCCUGACAGAAAACGAGUAUUCUACAUGCAUUUUUAUUCUUAGUUUGACCCAUCAUGUUUCAUCAGGUGUAAUGAGGGAGGCGGCUUGCCGACGUAGCUGCAGCCAGUCACUCUGAGGAGCACUAAAAGUUGUGGCGUCACUCGGCAUAGAUUUCCAUGUGCCAACAAAACAGACAGGAUCCACCCCUGUCUGAUACAACACAUAACUGUAGACAGGUGGACCAACAUCAAGCAGAAACCUUUGCUCUUGAGAAGUGAAGCUGAUGCAGAAAUGCUAAAAACUGCAGCUCCCUGAGGGCCCGCUUGAGGCUGGCGGCAGAAACACUGGAAACCACGAACACACUGAGCUCUGUUUUUAGAGCAAAAAUCAGCAUGUUUGCAGCCCGGUUCAGAAAACUGGUCUGGUCUGAAUAGCUUGGGGCUCCCAUGGUACUGGGAGGGAAUUUUUAGCAACGCCUUGGUUUUAAAGUUAUCAAAGUUGGCCAAUGAGAGACAGGGAUGACUUGACUGACAGGAAGGCUCUCUGUGACCAUUUACCAAGAAGCGAAAAGCCCAUCUCUGAUAUGAAUACGCCCAGGUAUUAUAUAGUCUAUGAUUGUAUAAUAGGGUGACCAUACGUCCCCUCUUACCCAGACAUGUCCUCUUUUUGUGGGGCUGUCCACGGUUGUUCAGCUUCAUCUGGAGAAGUUUGUAAAAUCCUUCAAAUGUCCGUGGUUUUGUACGAGAGUUUCGAUUUUGUGUCACAUGGCCUUACUGAGUUAGAAGCGCAUAAAAGACACUUGCCAGUUUGGUAUUUUCGUAGACUGAGUUGCACCGAGGUCUGCCAAGCUGGGCGUGGUGAUGCAGUAGGGGGCGGUGUCAACAGAAUCAGCUAUAUCUUAUCUGAUGAGCGCGUUUGGCACGCGUUUGUACCAUAGACUGUAUAUAAGAUGGACAGAGUCUGUCUCCUCGCUGGGUGAAGCCACUCUGAGAACAGCACCCUCUGUUGAUGGGCUGCAGUAUAGGUCAUAAAUCCCGCCUCCGCCAGCAAAGCUUAUGGGACUGUGGACAAACUUUAGAAAUUUAUUACACAGAACAUAAAUUUUUCUCCCCCCUGGUUGUGAUGUUGACAUGUAGUUACUGUCAGACCAAGUUUGUGCCCAAGUCCUUUUUUUUCUGUGAAGCUCCGUUUUUAAAAGUUAUUAGGGGGUUCAUGUUUGCUAUGAUUGACACCUGGUACAGACUAUGGGCGUUCAGGGAUUGCGUAGCUCUCCCGGGGAUACGCCGUUUGAGCCGAGUGUCAUCACAGCGACUCUCAGCGACUGCGCGGCCGAAUGCGCGCAUCGCUACUGCGCAGCUCUGGUUUCAAGGAAGUGGAGAAUUACCAAGAGCUUUUUGGCUUCAAAUCCGUAUACAGGCGAGAGGCGGAACCAGGUUGUCCAUCUUAUAUACAGUCUAUGGUUUGGACUCUUACUUUUGCCUGACUGCAAUGAACUGCUGUGAAAUCUGUUGCUCGGUGAACACAGGUGCUUCUGUGUGGAUGAAAGGGGACAGGUGUGUUAAUGAGGGAGACUCUGUUGAUGAAGUUUGUACAGUAAGCUACUUUGGUUGACACUUGCCAUGCUGCAUGCGCAGCUUCUUGAUGAGGUAGGCUGUAAAUUGUUCUAUAUCCAACCACUUGGGACUCUGUUACAUCUCCUUUGUUCUAAUAGCCAGUGAGUCCGCGCCCCUCUUGUUGAGAACCACUGUUUUGGAUGAUCGAGUUAAAGGUCACAAAAAAUCAAGUAAACAGUAAGAAAAUCAAAGUAAAACAAAAACUGGAGUUAGAGGCUCUGUCACCUGAUGGUCGUGACAUGUUUCGUUCACCAACGCAGGAAACUGUGGGACUGGAUUUGUCUCACAGUGCAGUAAAUUUAAUUGGAUUCUAAUGAACUGCAUGUGUGGGAUGACAUUCUGCGUUCGCGGAGCAUAUCGGUUUAUUCAGACAUUUUGUGACAAGGCAGACGUGCGAUUAGAUAUGCAGCUCACACGAAGACAUUUGUGGAGAGAUCUGAAGGCAAAAAUAGGAAAACAUUUCAUGCUGUUAUGAUCAGGAUCAGUCAAAUUAAUCCCUUAGAUCAGAUAUUUUAAAAAUGCUUAGCUGUGAAUCCCCCCUCACAACCGCUGAAACACAGUGCCAUCAAAAGCCGCAGCUGCUUAAGACACAUCAUCAUCAUAAAAUAAUCUUCAAAUUACUUUCUGCUUCCAUUUAGGGACACACGUGGUGCCUUCAGCCUGACUAAAUGAGGUUUUAUUGAAGGGAGAGCUGGUCUGGAGGAUAGUCCAGCGUCAGGGAAUCCCACAGAGCUUGGCUGUAAUAAAUCAAGCCAAAAGCUGGAGGAGGAGAAAAUGCUGAUGGGAGUUUUCCUCUUUGCUUCCUCUGUGCCCCGAAGUAUUAGAGCUGUCAAAGCAUGUAGAGCGUGUUUUACAGAGUUUCAACCUCCAGCCGGCUAUUUGAAAAGCUUUUCAGUUCAAAUAAAGCUGGCGGUGUAUGUCCUCUCCGACUCCACGGCUUCUGGUUGUUCACUUUUACAUGACAUAAAGCACACAUCCCUGUGAGCUAAGAGGAUGAAGGUUCAGGGAAACAUGUUUGUUGUGUUCUUCAUACAGUAGCAGCAUUGAAGUCGCCGCUUUAAGAGGAUGUUAGAGAGGUAGAAAUCAUAUUACCAGUUGUUUUGGAUUAUGUUGGUUUCUGCCUAAGAAGAGGAGAUUUUCUUUCUUCUCCUUUAGACUUUUCAUCUUCUCUUCAUUUUGUUUCACGUACUCAGUUUCACGUCUUCCCUGCUGUUUGUUGGUGUUUUUUUCCUGCAUGUGUGUGUGUGUGUGUGUGUGUGUGUGUGUGUGUGUGUGUGUGUGUCUGCCCUGAUAGGCGGGGGAUGCCGCAUGCUGCUGAGACUAUUUGAUGUGUCUGAAAAUGUUCGUUCUCAAAGUGUCGGGUAAUGACACGUCAGCACUCCAAGCAUUACCUGAAGAUGCAGCUUCUAUUUACAUUACUCUCAAAUAAGAGCAGCCAAAGGUUCCAUGCUUAUACUCAGCGCUUUCUUCUAUCAAAAUGUUCUCAGUCUUUUGCUUUCCUGCAAACUGAAAGAGGAAUCAAAAGGUUUUUUUUUUUUUCAGAUGGUUAAAGUUUGUGUUUUUGUGAAAAUUAGAGAAACUCCUGCUAAAAAAAAACGACAAAUGAAACCUGCUUAUGAGAUAAAAGGCGACAGAGGGAGUUUAAUUCUCUCUGCUAAUGCCAGGAAAAAAGUGACGUGAGUCUUAUCAGAGAUGACUUAAACACAUAUACAUAGGAAAGCUGAUACACACACUAACACACACUCUCAGACUUUUAUACAUACUCAGAUUAACAGCCAAUUUCAAUGGCGAAACCAUAUCAGCUGCAGUGUGAUAAGAGAGCAAGAUAGCCAAGGAUGAUCAGAGCUAAUAGAAAAUUAUAUCCUAGUUUCAUUAAGUCGUCCAUGAAAUGUCUCUGGAAUAUUAAAUAGAGCUUCAUCACGCUAUAAGCAUGUUUUAAUCAAACCCACUUAUGAAUUCCUGUAUGUUUCAGGAGGAGUUAACCCUUCCUCUCUUGCAUUUCCUUGCAGGAUCUGGGACUCCAGGGAACAUCGCUAAAUGACAUUUUGUACAAGAACGCAGCUUUUCUCAACCUGGUGGACCCCAUUUCCCAUGAGCUGCUGCUCAGCCUCGCCCGAGACCUGCAGUGUCCAAAAAGGGUAAAAAAAAACCACACAGAUCCAGUUUAUUUUUUUAAACUCUUACAUUCAUGAAUUAUAAAACAGCAGCUCAUUGUUCCAAACACAACAGACCUUGCAUUUAUUAACAGAACACGGACUGGAGAGGAGAGCUGCGACGUGUCUGCAUACGUUAGCCAUGCUUAAGUGCAUGUGUUGUCAUGCUGUUGUGACAACAGUGAGGUGUCAGUUUGCUUUGUUCAAUACAACAACAGAUGCUAUGGUGAAUAGAAAAUGAUAGUUUAAGUGUUUUGGCAAUAGCACAUUGGACAGCUGUAUGACUCCUUAUUGUCUUCACAGUGUGUUCUGCAUCAGAUGAAAUAUUAACUUUAAAUAUGAUACUAUCCUGUAAACUAUUGAUGGAUUGAGCGUGAGUGAACACGUUGUGUCGUAAAGGUAAAAGGUGAGCAAGCUGGUCAAAAAUGUGGAUUACACAACAAAAAGUUUGGACGGGGGAAAAAGGCAGCAUGACUUUUGAAGAGUAAUCAGACCCUCCUACAAUUCCCUCAAAGGUUCAGUUACUAACGUUAAAUGUACUUCAUUUUUUAAAUAGGGGAGUGUGGGGUAAGUUGAGCCAUUUUUCAUAUUUCAGAUCACUACAUCAUAGUUUUGUCUCUAACUGGAGUAUCUGCAUAUAUUUCAAGAUGUUGUGCAUCCCUGCAAACCAACAGAAUGACUGUAGACAUAACUGUCUUGAUAAUAUAGCAUGCCAAAAAAAGGGUUCUCAUGGGGUAAGUUGACCAUAGGAGUGGGGUAAGUUGAGCCGUACCCCUACCCCUAAUAAAACUUCUGACAGACUAAAUUCACUUUCAAGAGAGAAAAAAAAUGUUUUUUUGGAAAUAAAUGUCUAACCUCUUCACCCAUGUGCUUCUAACCUUCACAGACUCCAUGAAUUGAUGCCCAUCUCCUAAAUAUUUGGUCACCUGAUCAAUUUCUUUGACCAUUUCCAAGCAACAGGGGGUGGCUCAACUUACCCCACUCUCCCCUACAUGAACCGCAGUGUAAAUAAAAUCAUUUUAGUUUAAACAGGGAGAUAAUGACAUCCUCGUAUGUUAGGCUGGAGUUGACAUCAGUAAUAGUAAGUGAACUGUGCAGUUCUCAUUCACCCUAACUUACAAUAACUUAUUUUCACCAGCAUAGUAAAGUUUUUUAUUUUGCUACAGAAAAUUCAAAGUGGACACCUGCAGGCUUUGAAGAGGUGUUUUGAAGGGCUGAAGAGAAGCUCUGGGUCAAGGUUUGACUCUGCAGUGGCACCAUGUGGUCUGUCUUCCCUGCUGCUCCUGUGCUCUCUCAGCUCAGUGGCAAACAGCCACAGCUGUGCUCCAGACCUGCAGGUGGAUGAGAUUAUUUGCCACGGCUGCCUCACGCUGGAAAGUGUGGGCAGAUGCCCAGCAGUGGUCAGGCUCUAGUCGACAGGGGCCGAGGACACGGUCAGGGGCGCGGAGGAUUGUGGGGCAUCGUGGCUUUGGCGCCAACACUGAGAGGGCUUUGAGGGAUCUAACAGGUGGCAGGUGGCCAGUGGGCUCAGACUAAAGAUGAUGGUGCUGCUGGAGUCUAGUGUGUGCUGUGAAGUCUGUGGUGUCCUCGGCUACAAAAACCUCUUUCUGUUCAGAGAGUCAAAAAAAUAUUUUUAAAAAUGAAAGGGAUGGAGAAAUAGCUUUUGGCUGGGGUGAGGGCAGUCUCAGCAGGACUGGUGUGUUGUUUUUUUCUCAUAUUUCCUCUCUUCAUCCAUUGGACCCCAUCCUCAUAUAUACAAGAAAAAGAAGAAGAACUUUAUUGAUCCCCGAAGGGAAAUUCAAUGUAUUAUAUAUAAUAUUACUAUAUUUAGAAAAUAUUGUUUCUUCAACACAUAAACAGAGUUUUGGGUCACUGAAAAGAGAGGUUUUGGAAAAGGCCUCUUCAGGUGGUUUUCUUGUGGACAGGGAAAACUAAACCUUUGAGAGCGGCUGACAGCAUUACAUCAGCUUGUACAUGGCAGUCAUUGUUUUUAUCUAUCGUGCAUGUACCAGACAUAUGGAGUGUUAGCCUGCUGUGUACUUUAAAUUUAAUUGUAUAUUAAAAUGGAAAUUUCCUUAUUUAUCAUCAAUAUACCAAGACACAAGGUAAUACAUUGAUAGAUUCUAAUUUGCAGUACGCAUGUAUAUAAUAAUGUUUGAUGUGACAGACUGAUGACACAUAACACCACCUACUGGCCUGGCAUGCUUAUGCUUUUAUGAAAACUGAAUUUAUUGAACUGCCACCUCUUUCAGAGUUCUUAUAAGACAGGAGAUCCCAAACUGUCACAGUCACCGGUGACCCCGCUGGUGGUUAGACAUCGCUCACAGCUGCACACAGGCCCUAACAGGCUGACCCAAAAGUGGACAGCAGUGUAAAUUAUUCAUUGUUUUCGAUGUUGUGAAAGGUGCCUGAAUAUCAGCAUUGAGAUCAUCACUCCUAUAACACAGAGUUAUAGGCCACAUUCUCCGUGAAGAAAAACUCAUCAAUAAUGUAUCGGGUACGAGACAACUUCAUAUUUAUUUGGACAAUUAAAUGAAGGACUAUUGCAUGAUACAUAUCAUGAUUCUUCCAGUGUCAGAGUCAGCUCCUCUACUGGAAGCAUGGCAUACAAAUCAGAGAUAUUAAAAUUCAAAUUACAUUUCAAACUCAGAUAUGAGGGUGAAGGCACCACAGACACAGCUGUGAGUGACUGCAAAACACAGAGCCGGCAGCUAUUACACUUAUCUUAAGUCUGGAGUUAUCUCUGUGCGGAAGAGAUGGACUGCCCUGAGAUAGAGUGGUCCAGUUUUCUCACCUAGAGUCCAGCUGAUUAUCACCUGUAAGAAACUCUAAUCUUAUCACUGUUUGCUUUGGCGAGGAAAGCCUAAGAGGAAACGAGCAGAGAUGUCCUCCUGACUGGCUGGCAACCCGUGGUAGGAGACUGUGUCAGACGUGACGAGGAUGUAGAGGAGCCGUGUGUUGGAUUUAAGGCAUGACAGCUGCUACUGUGCCCACUGUUUUCCACCAGACAGAGAUUAAUUCAGAUAUUACAUUCAAGGACAUGUUAAGGACUUAAUGAGACAUAUUUCUUGGGUGUUUUGAAGCUUUAGUCACGAGUUUCUGACUGCUCAUCUAAUGUAUGUUUAGUUCAGUGCUCUCUGGUUUACAGAGCCGUAAAUAACGCCUGUAAGGCUACAGUAGUGCACGUUUACUUCCAGACCACAAAUUCACAUUCUCUAAUUCUUCCACAUUGCCAAUCAGAAUUUGCUGCUGUAACAUUGUGCUCACUCAUCCAAGCGGCUGGAACAGCAGUACUGAGCAUUCGAAACUAUAAGGCAUGUUUGUUUGUCGCCCAAGAAAAGACGCAACAGCAGGAAUGGUUAAUCGCCUUAAGGUAAAUUGCCCCUGUUCUUUGUUUUUUUUCCCUCUCUCGCCACAUUGCCUCCCCUCUUGUUGUCAUGUUGUACCAUUAAUUAGAUUUGCCCUGCUCAGCACAACCUAUUCCAUUUAAAGUCUUUGACGGAGGAGGAGGAGGAGGAGGAGGAGGAGGAGGAAGAGAGCAGAGAGAGAAGGGGGGAGGCAAGAGGGAGAAUAAAUGAAUGUUUCUGUGGAGAAAAUGUUUGAAGCUGCUGUACUGAAAAGACAAGAAAGAGAGACUUUGUGACUGUAAGAGAAUCCAUGCAUCUGCAGUUUGCGGCGAGAAAGGAAAGGAGAUCAGACAUUUAGCAUUUAUAAGUGACUUAUCUAACCUUUUGAAAUGAAAACAGCUCCUUUUCUACUCUGCCACGCUGAAAAUAGAGUUUAAUUUGUUGUUCUAGGACUCCUCGAGCAUCUUCACGAACAGCUCCGGGUUUCUUUGCCUUAUCACAUGAACCAGGUUCACAUUUGUUGUCUUUUAUGAGUCCUCUGUGUGUGUGUUGCAGGAGACAGAGUCGAUCAAGUCCACCAACAAGAUCUGCCGCCAGCUGAUCUACCACCUGACCCCUCACUCCAAGUGGACGAGGCAGAGCGUGCCCAGGAGGAAGUCCCAGGCCUGGUGAGUAGUCCUCCAGGAGCAACAGUUCACACAGAUAUACUAGUUAUUGAAGUUAUUACUAAAACUCAUAAAAUAAUAGUGAAUCUGCAUACAUAAGCUUUCUGACAGUUUUUAAGUUUUAAUUCAGUUUUUCAUUUGGAUUAAAUACUCAUGCUUGAUUAGAAAAGACUGGUAUUCAGCUAGAAAAUGAGACCAUUACACCCUCACCCGUACGUUAAAGGGAUAUUCCAGCAUAAAAUUAAGUUAGGGUCAAACACACUGUAACACCGAGUUAGACACCCCCUCGAGAGAUGAAUGUUGCCGACCGUUUGCUUCUCUAGUUAUACAGACGCGGUAGGUCUCGGUCUGAUUGCAUUUCCAUGAAGAAAUGAUCAUAAAUGUUCUUCCUUGAGCUGCGUCCCCCCGCAGCAGUCUGUAAUGGACUGGUUGAGAUCUCACUACAAACAAGCGGCUGCUAGAAGAGAGUAGGUGAGUUGUGUUUAGUCGCUUUGCUAAAGAAAUUAGGCAAAGUUAAAAAGAUGUUUGGUGGCUAGUACUAUGGCUGGGACCCUAUAUGUACUGUUGAUGAAGUUAGGUGCUGUUCUGAGCAUUAUUUGUGGCUAUAGAGUGGCUUUUUGGUUGAGGUUUGUUUAUGGCUCCUCAGAUCACUGUGUAUUACUAUCCUACGGUUGUUACUAAAGUUGGUAUAACUAGAGAAGCAAGCGGUCGGCAACAUUCAUCUCCUGAGGGGGUGUCUAACUCGGUGUUACAGUGUGUUUGACCCUAAUUUAAUUUUACGCUGGAAUAUCCUUUAAAUGCUCUCCUGAUAAGAUAUUGGAUGAACCACAUGGCCCCCUAAUGUUUCCCACAACCAGAACAUGAAGACAGUGUUUCCUUCAGUUAGGCCCGCAACACCUCGAAGAAGCUGAACUCUGCUGAGCUCUGACACUCUUAGAUCCACCCCUUCAGUAAUAAUGCUCAUCCACUACCAUACCCAGAUUCAACGGGAAAAACAAGGGAAAAAAACAGAGAAAGAAGUCUGUGGAGAGAUGUUGAAAAGAUAACAGGGGGGCAGAGUGACAGAUAGAGCUAAAAGCUUGUUUGGGUUAGAGCUCACACCCUGCCUGGUGUGGCUGUGUGCUCCACCUGAGUAUAACCUUAGAGAGGUUAUUUUCAUGAUGUUAAAUCACCUCAACAUCAUGAAAAUUGAUUUUCAAAUAGAGCUGAAGUUAUGUUUUAUUUGCAUUUUCAGGAGUUAUCCUUUUUGCAACUGUGAGACUUUCAGGUAAUAUUGAACAUGCAGUUACUCAAAGCUUCAUAAUAUCUGAAAGCCAACCAUCCACAGUGUCACAGUUAGCUUAUCAUUUGCCUCAGAGGUUGUAAUAUGACAGUUAAACAAUCUUGUGCUGUCAUGUUAAUUCGAUCAAAUUCAAAGGUUUUAUUCACUCAGAAAUAUUUGAGGAACAACUUUGCGAAAUCAUCAAAAUACGUAAUAAUCCAGUAUUCAGACAACACACAAAAAACUGAAUUAUCAAUCAUUUUACAGUAAAAACAAUGUUUCAACUUGGAAAUUAAAUUUAAAGGAUAUUUUGGUAACCCUUUCUUUUUCAGUACACUUAUUACCAGGUAAUUAACAGGUAAUUAUCUAGUAACAACAUGAGAUUAUCUAGUAAUUACAUGGUAACUACUAAGUCAAUACUGUCUAGUUUUUCUUAUUUUCUUUUUUCUGUGCAGCUCCAUUUUCAAAAGCUAUUUGGGGUUCUUAUUUUCUAUGAUUGACACUUGAUACAGCCUAUGGGCGUGCGAAGAUUGCGUAGUGAUACUCGGUUUGAGCCGAGCAUUAUCACAGCGACUCGCCCGCCGAAUGCCGACAAUGCUACUGCGCAAGUGGAGGUUCCAGGAAGCAGAGAAAAUCCUGGAAAUACCAGAGCAAUUCGGCUUCAAAUUUGUAUGAUGAUGGAAGGUUACCUACCUGGUAGCUAGACAGUAUUGACUUAGUAGUUAUCAUGUAAUUACCAGAUAAUUUCAUGUUGUUACUAGGUAAUUACCUGGUAAUAAGCGUGCCGUAAAAGAAAGCGUUACCGAUAUUUUUCCAUUUUAUUUAAACUAACAGGAGGGAGUAGAAGAAACAGUUGCUGUUAAAAAGUUGUAUUACAGUCACAAUAUUUAUUAACUUUUGCAUUAAAGCAUCUUGAACAGACAGUUUUCCACAGUAUCUACAUACAGUGAACAUAUACAUGAUCAGGUUUUAUAAGAAUUCCCAGUAAAUACCAAGUUGAAGUGAUUUUUAACAUUCCAGAGGGAAAUUAAGCCGAAAUAUAGAAAAUCAAAACAAUUGGCGUGUAAUGAAAUGCAUCAAAUAUGUGCUUCUCAAUCUUUUACUGAUUUUGUGGAUGUUCUUUUUCCUAUCUGGUUUUUACUCCAUCCUCAAGUCAAAUUAUAAACUCUUACCGUCUUGCCUUCUGUUUUCACACCUGCCUCUCAGCUGCAAAAACAGAUUUCCACCUGAUACUAUGGUGGCAAAAACAGCCUCACACCAGCCCAAACACCAGCCGAGAAAAGUGUGAUGUGUUCACUGAGAUUUAAUCAACACCAUGUUUUCAACACCGCUCGGCGGCUAAGUGUUUACUACUAAAGUGUUUUUUAGGGGAUGAUCAGGACACACAAAAUAACGAACCCAAAUGAGAGAAAUGACUGAGAAGUCUUUGCUGGAUCUGAAGAUGGACUAACAAUCCUCGAACUGUCACGAACCAGAAAGUGAUUAUCUGCAGAAGAAACAGACGCAACGCUGAUUGUUUCGGCAGCAUAAAUAAAUAAAUAUUCCCUCCAACGCAAAUGAAGUAACAGGUACAUUUGUGGAGACGUUUUUGAAGAAAGAAAAUACCCACUAAUGAUGACGGUGAUGAGGCUCCCUUUCCCUAAGCAAUUAACCUAGAUUGAAAGAUUUUUUUUUGACAGCUGGAGUUAACAUCCCGCCCCAGUCUCCUGGUUGCAAUAUUUUUGAAAUAACACUCAACAGCACAACAAGGCAGACUCUCCCAGUGUGCUCAUUAGCAAGCUUCUGUCUCUCCCACAGUCUCUGCUGUGAGAAUCCAGACGGCUGCAUUUACUCCCAUUUCUUUACACUGUGAAUGUAAAGCUCACCGAAAUGAGCCAAAAGCGACGUUUGUGAUGCUCUUCAGUGCAGUUUAGCUGAUAUCAAAUGCUUUUCUCUUAUUCAUCUGUUCAUUUCAGCUUUCCCUUUACACCUUAACGCUCACCUAGUCCUUUUUUUUCUCCCAACUCCUUCAUUUCUCCUGCUUUAAAUUCCUUUCUAAGCAUUGAUUCCCCCCCUUCCUUCCUUCCUUCCUUUCCUGUGGGAUUUUUUUCCUCUUUCCUUCUUGUGAGAGUCCAUUUUGUUCAACAGUUGCCACACAGAGCGGUUCUGCAGUUUGAGCCGAGGCUCUUUAGGGAAACGCUCUGUCAGAUGGAGGGGGGAAAAAAAAGAGAGGGGGAGGCGGAAUCACUGCAAGCUUGCCCAUUGGAAGCCGUGUGUUUUCCUCUUUUUCUUCCUGCCUCGCCUGGAAUCGAUUGUGAAUUUGAUCUCUUCAUGCAAAGGAAUGAAAAUGCAUGUGCCCCUUAUUGCAUUCUUAGAUUUUUAUUUUCUUCAAGUGACAAAAAAAAGUGAAAAAGUCUAUUUGAUCACUCCAGAAAUGAGCUGCAGCCUGCCUUCCAAUCGCAUCAAAUUGAAUUAUUUACAUGCAACUAGUUGCAAAUCCUUUUUCAGAAACACAUAAAUCAUGAUGCGAGCUUUUAUUGCUCCGGCCUGCUCUGUCUUUUUAAUAGUUUUUUAAUACAAUACUUUGUACUGUUGUAAACGUAUUACAAACCAAUAUCAUUUCAGUUUCUGCAGCUACUUGUGCCAGUUUUCCCGAGGAGAACAGAGUCUCUCUCAAUGUUAUUGUAAUUAGUAUUGAAUUUCAGAUUGAUUAAGCUCAUAUAUUUUUAUAGUCGUCAAACUGCCCCUCUAGCACUUUUUAAAGAGAUUGAAUUCUUGAUUGCUGAUUCUGUUUCAUUACUCGUGUUGACUGCGUGGAAGUUAUCGACACCAGCGAAUAUAACAGACGUCUUCUGUCGUUUAAAGAAAUGAUGUGGGUUCGAGAGGACGACAGACUCAUUGUGAGAGAGGAAACAGUCCACGUGCUGAAGGAAAUCUGUGCGUCUGGAACUUUGUGCUUCAUUUGAGUCAGGACACGCUGUUCAGCAGAAUCAUUGACAGGAUUUGGAGCUAACGUUAAGUCAUGCUGGUCAUGCUGAUGAUAGAAGUGAAAGGCAUCGUGGGUAUGACAGCUGUUUGGGCAGGCGUAAUCAAGAGUGGGCAAGCUUUGAUCGUCUGUGUGAGUCCUGGUAUUUGACCUCGACCUCACACCCCUCGGAAUGAAAUGACUUUCCUCGCACGGUCAACACUGCAGAGGAAGUUAUUUUUUAACCUUCUUUUGAUCUUCGCCCAAAGCUUAACAACAAAACAGUACAAGAUUAAAUGGCAGGUAACACCAUGAACAUUUCUGAAAAUAUAUUCAAUUUUGCACCAUUCAGACAGCAUGGUUAUAAAAAAGAUUAACAUCUGCCUACAUUUAAAAAUAACACGUCAUCAGCAUAUCUUUUUGGUGUCUUCAGUGUGUAAAACAGAACUCUUACUCAAGCAGGUUUACAAAAUACUGCUUGACCGGUCCCUAAAGUUAAAAAGAAAAUCUGUUUUCUUGUUGUUUUCUCUGUUGAACUUAAGCUCGAUUUCCAAAGAGGCUUCUACUGAAACCCUGCCUCAGCAUGAUGAAGAUGCUAUUCUCCUCUCCAUCCGCCGUGACAGGGUCACUUUGACUCCUUCAUAGACUGCCAAAGGGAUCAAAAUGAGUCAAACAUGAUAGUCAUCCAGUGUGUCAAACAGCACUUAAAACACCCACCACCUGGCUGUGAGCAAAAACAGCCUUUAAAUGAAGUUGAAAACCUUGAGUAUAUUGUAUUUUGAGCCAGGAGCAGCCAUACUUGGACUCGAGGGCUGAGAUAGUCAAGUCAAGAGUUUCUUUCCUGUCUGCUGCAUUUUCAGACGUUAGCAAUCUAAGAAGUGAAGGUGUUCAGAUUACAAGCGAAGAAGAUUUCAUCUCCACAGGUAGGUCAGCAAAGUAAACAUCAUCAUUUUUUGGUUAAUUACACCCCCCUGAUGUGGCGUGCAUUCGUCUGUUUCUGUUAAGUCUCAGUUUCACUGUUAACAGUUGGGCAUACAGGUGUUUCAAUGUGGCCUACUCCAGCUAGAUGGAUAAAUAGUUUGUUUAGGUCUUUUAUUUGAUGAGAAAACAUCAUUUCACAGAUUGGUUAGAAGUAAAAAUCCAGAGGAGAAUAAAAAAAGAAACUUUAAAAUGCUCAACUGUUGAAAGGAGGAUCGUUCAGUCGUUUCUGAUACAGUCCAGGAUGCUGGAGAUCUGAUUUGCCUUUGCAGUACAGAGUAAAGCCGGUUUGAAGCUCAAGUUCUAAUUAUUUUUUAUCUUGAACAGACUCCCACUCAGCAAUAGACGGCUAUUAAAUAUCUAGUUUUCUUUUCUUAAUCUAAUUCCAUCCGACUAGAUUCUGUAUAUUUUUAGACCGAAUUUAGACGUUGCACUUGAACCCAUUAUUCGACAACUACUUAUUUUAAAAAGCAAUUGUGAGUUGCAUAACUGAUCUCCAAGUACUUAACCAAAAGAAUUAUGAUAGCUGUUGAGCAAUACACAGUGUAGUAUAGAUAUAGCGCAGAUUAAGACUUGGUCUAAACUUGGUCUAAAUUUAGACGUCUAUAAACUUGGAUUUGGACGUCUAUUAGACCUCUUUUAGACCAAAAAAUGCUCAGUGGGCUGUCAGCUGCACUUGCACGCAGAUAUCUGUUUACAGAGAUACUUUGUAAAUAAAGCAUCAUCAGAUCAUAAGAUGGGAUUUCAUGAUGGCAAACUGUAAAUCCUGUAUAAACUAAAGCCUGCUGGCGAGUGACUGGUCAUUUCUACACUGACUAUGAACGUGCGACAAACAGCAGCCAAAACACGUCCCGAGCUUAAGCCAAGCCUUUAAAUACAGACCCGUAUAAAGAUUACACAGACACAGACGCUCAAGUCCCCUCCAAACCUGUACUGUAGAUGACAGUAUCUUUUUUCAUCAGCCCUUAUUAUUAUUUGGAGUACAUGAAUUCUUGUAAGUUUUAACCAAACCAAACAGGAAAGGUGUGAAAGUAACCUUAAUGACCCCUCUUUGUCUCAGUAAAACUCACAUCCUGUUCAGCUCAGAGGUAUCAGCCUUCUCCUUCAUUGAUUCAUCCUCUGCUGCCACAGAAAUCCUUGAGGAAGAAGCGACACACACGCUAGUGACCUACUUUUUGAUUACUCACUAACAGUUCUUUCUCCUUCAAUACUGGUAUCAAAAAGUCCCUCCAAAAACAACAACAUAAGGACCUGUUUCUUUUUUUUAUAAACUAAAAAACUGAUUACCCUCUGUGGCAUCAUCCUCAUGCCUGUGAAUCAUACCUUUAGAGCAUUAGGCAGUAAGGAGCCAUCUGGAAAUCCUGGCUUUGACUAUAUUUGGUUUAGAAGUGAAAGUUUUUUAGACAUCUGCGAGGUGUAGGAUGCUUCUGACCAGUUUCUCUCCUUUAACGAUGACAUUUCUAGUCCAGAAUCCUUGACGUCUUUUCACAGGCUAAUCACCAGGGAAGUGCUCGCUGAAAGUCUGUGUGCAGUUUCUCCUCAGCUCCCCCCUCCUGCCCUGCUCAGGCUAAUUUGCUCUAAUCUUUAAAGAAAUCCCCUCUACCUUUUCUGUGUUAUUCUGAGCCCCUCUCUUUUAAUGGAUCCAUUUGGGGCUACAGCAACAUUGUUAAAGCUCUACACCCUCUACCUUUGCAGCCCCAGCUAUCGAACGCGUUUGUGGCAGAUGGAUUAAAGUUAAUUAUACCUCCCAGUUAUUUUAUACCAUUUGCACACUGAUUUGUCCGAAGAUAUAUUAGAAAUUCGCCUUUGAUUUCUUUGCUUUUGUGAUCCAGAACAAACUGUUACUGUAUAGGAAUUGAUCUUUUUGUGGACAUAUCAUUCCUUUGCUUCAUCUUAAGUAGAGAAUAGGGUGGCUGCAAAUUCACACAAAAGUGAAGAACAAAUUUCAACUGGAGAGAUGAAGCCAUUACCAAACCCCUGUGGAGAUGUAAUUAAAUUAAAAAAAGGAUUAAGUUAGAUGGAGAAAUAAAAUAAAAACCUUAGUUUCCUGAGUUUCUGGAUUCAAACAACCAACCAUAAAUAGUUUUCAGCCACAAGCAAUAAAUAUGAAAUAUGGUCUUUAACAGGAGACAGAUUAAACAGUCGUAUAUACAUGUAUAAUUAAGGGCACUGCUGAGACAUCUUCUUCUAUGGUAUCUAAUGGGGUUAAGGAGCCAGUCUUAAGUGCACCAGAAACUUCAGCUUCUCUGGACUUUUACAGUGGCUUAAUUUGUCAUCUGCCUGGAGUAGGGGUGUCCCAAUAUAACUUUUUACUUCUGAUACGAUUCCGAUAUUGUAGCCUUAGUAUCGGCUGAUAUUGAUCCGAUAUUGGUACAAACUUGUGCAUGACAAGUUUUGCACUCAGCUGCAGCAUCUAAUACACCAUUGUUGUGAUUAUGUGGGCUCUACAUGCUAGACCUGGGCACAGCUAGAGGUGCCGGAGCGGAGUCUGGAAUGGACUGCUUGUAUCGGAGUGCUGAUAUCUGAGAUUUUAGAUGCAGGCUGAUAUAAUCCGAUUUGUUUUUGGGCUGAUAUAGGACCAAUAUCUAAUAUCAAUAUCGUAUUGGGACAUCCCUAAUGUGGAGAUUAUGAUUACAUGACAAAGCAUAAAAAGCAUCAUAAUUAACACGACUUCUUGAUGGUGAAUUAGAAAUUAAAAUUAAAAGUAUUUGACGGAUUUAAAAAGUUAGGGUAACACUUUACAAUAACCACAACUUAUGAAUGGUAAAUAGACCAUUUAUAGAUGGUUAGCAGAUAGUUUAAUAAUGUUUCAUCAUCAUUUAUAAACAGCAUACAGGCCAUUAAUAAAUUGUAAAUUUUACUAUUUUUAAAACCUGACUUUAACCCCAACCCUAACUUUACAAUAACCAUCUAAGUAAUGUUUAUAGAUGGUUUAUAAACCAAAUAUUAACCAUUUACAAAGUCCUACUGACACACAUUUUAAUCUAGAUGUUUUAAACCCUAUAUAAACCUUUAAUAAAUAGUCCAUCAAUAAUUAAUGAAAAUUAUUAAUCAUAGUUUCAUUACUUGUUAAUGGUAAAGUAACUAUUAACUUACAUAAAUAAACUAUCUAUUUGCCAUUUAUAAUUGGUCUAUAUAUUGUUUUUAAAUGAUGAUUAAACAAUAAUAAACUAUCUAAUUACCAUUUAUAAAUUAUGGUUAUUGUAAAGUUUUACCAAAGUUAGAUUCUAAAAGUUAUUGGUCAUCAGCAAACAUAGAAACCUCACCAUGGUGUAUUAGUGUUGUCUGACGUUAUUGCCUAUCUCAAAAAACUGGUUUAUAUUUUAGCUGAAUACUUUUGGAUUGUACCGCUGACUCAUGCCAGGUAUCUCAAGCUGCUCAGUGUGUUCUUGUCUUGAGGUGAUGCCCCUCGAAUAAUGACAGUCUGUCACCUAUAAUCGUAUUACACCAGCUCUUUGUCACACAGCUUCUGUGCAGUGCAUGGAGAAGUGACGCCCGUAGCUAUUCCAUAUUGCAGUUACUUUACAUGUGGCAUUUGUACACUCAGCCAUGUGUCAUCUAACUUUAACAAGCAUAUGACCUAUUGCUUCAGCCAAGUCACCCCCCCUGCAGUGCGCACUGGGGCCAAACAGACUCUGACACAGCAGAUUUGACCUCAGAAUAACCUGCAAAGUGGGUUAACUCCUAAGGCGAGAGGAGAAAGUCUGACAACACGGAGGAAUAAAUAUCAGAAAAAUUAAGAAGUUUCUGGUUCCUAAAGUGUUAUUCUGUGUUAUUAUCUUUCUGGUCGUAAUCCCAUGUAGUGUAUGGGUGUCUGACUGACUGCACCAUGCACACAAUCUACUUCAGUUUGACCUCCACUUUUAAUAGAGACCUAAAGAUCCAGCCACCAUCCUCGCCCAUGAAUAAUUGAGGGCUUCCAGCAGUUCAGACUGAGAUGCUGCUAGAUGAGGAGGAGGAGGAGGAUGCUCAAAAUCCAUCCCUCCAGUCAGGGCAUGGGCCUUAGUAAAAUGAGAACCGUUACAUUUGUUAAUUGGUAAACAUGAAGUUACACAUUUUUGAUUAAACAGCAAUUUUAAAACUUGAGUUAUGCUGCUUAAAAUACAGCCUCACAGGGUUUUCGAGUUUCUUAUUCAGGGAUUAAAGCUCUCUUUUAACUGUAAAUCUGAGAUAAGGCUUCAGCUGUGGGACAGUAACAGAAACAAGGAUUGUUUUGCAUCUGAUAAUCUGUGGGUCUCGCAGCUUUGAGCCUGAUACAGAUCACUCCCCACCAUCGAGCCCCUCGGUGUGUGUUUGAAGCCCUGCAUUUUAAUGCUGAUUUCAUAACUGUGCCUUGACACAGUGUGGCACACUCCGGCGCACUCCUCCAUGAUAUACAGUUAUGUAAUGCAAACUGUUUUCUAUGUGUUCUGUCGCAGUAUUUUUCUACCCUAUAAGCGUCUAGAUUGUCACAUUAAAUUAAAUCACGGGUGAAUUUAUAGCUCAACCAUGGUGCGCAUUUUGCAUCUUAUACGCUGCAUAGUUGCGUUAGGGUACACUCUGUAUGAAGAGGUUUCAGUGGCAUGACAGCAAAAAUAUGCUUUUAUCUGUGGAGAAAAAGAGCUACGUGUUAUUAUAAAUGAUCUGUGUAACAUUUACAGUGGGCUGUUAGUGUUAGGUUUGUUUUUUUAAGGGGGAGAUUUCACAACUUCAGGAGUAAGUUGGCCAUGUUUCCUCUCCAAUAUCUGUCAGACUAGUAAAUUCUAUUUUGUGUUGAGAAAAGGGUUUUAUAGGUUUGACAUUUUCCCCACAUUCAUGUCUUAGAAACCCAUGAAAGUUUUAUAUCAGAAUAGCUGAUAGCUCAAUAAGAUUAAUUGCACUCCCUGGGCUCUUUUCUCUGAACUCAUUAAAACUCCACCUUCACAUUUGGAGACACACAAGACGGAUGACUAAACUGGUGCUACACCUUCAGUGAUUUAACUGUAAGUGGAGGCAUCUUUCAGUGAUUGCUUUCCACAUGGCAGGUGUCUGUUACCUUUUCACCUCCUCCUCUUUUAUAACAUUAUGUUCCUGUCCCGUCUGUGUCAAAGUCAAAAUCACGUCUUUGCCCCUAACUUGAAAAUCAAAGUCCCCAAUAACUGAGCAGUAAAUCUGAGAUGUCAAAGUAUUGAGGCAGCUCUGUUUCCACAGACAAGAGAGAAAGGCUUAACCAGCCCUUCUGGUAUGUGUUUCACUGAAAUUUAAUCCAAAUUAGCUUCAAGACUAUUUUUUCCCUUCCCAGAAAAUGUGCCAUUAUCCUCAUGAAACUGGAGGGCGCGGGAUGGUGUGUGAAAUCCCUACUUUCAUGUUUCCAAGCACAUUUCCUCCUCAAGCGUAGUAUCAGUAUGACAGCUGCAUAGAUGAGGCAAAUUCGACGACAUUUUCAGCUCAGAGUGACUGUAAAUGACUCUCAUUUGCAUAGGCCAAACUGUCCCGAGGCAUAAGAGUCACAUUUUUUUAUGCUUAAGUUUAACAAACUGGUCCAGGAAAUGUUCAGCACUGUAGCCUGCAGUCAUCCGCCUGAAGGCACAUUCAGAUAAAAGACAAAAACAUAGAAAUAUAAGCAGUGUUUCCAUAUACACACAGCUCACUUCUUUAGGAUGAGAUGUACAUUACACUAACACACAGCAUGGCAACCACACAUGUCUUAUAUAGGUGCUUGGAGGCAAAACAGCUUAGAUCGAUCAGAGGAAUAAACAGGUCGGGACCAAAGCGUUGAUGAAGCCGACAUUGAUCCGACCAAUCCCAUGGGUCUGUGGAGCGGCAUCAGCAUCCAGCGUUUCUCAAGAGCUUUUAUUUCACUCCUCUGAAAUGAGUCGAGUGUCUCUGCAUACUCAGCAGGAAGUUAACUUGAAUUUAUGUUACAGAGUUUGCUCGUCUAGCUAAGAUACUCUUGUUAUGCAUAUCUGCUCUGAGGCAGCACAGAAGCACCCGUUGCUCACAGGUUCUUGUCACACAUAUUUUUAAAACAGUUUAUUAGACUUCAAUAAUUUAUUAAUGGUUUAUAAAUAAUGAAAUGAUACCUCAGAGUUCAGAAAUAGCAUUUGCCACGAGUUGGAUUGCCAGGUUUUGCAUAUAUCCCCCUCUAGCAACCAGGGGGCAAAAGCCUGCUUCGGAGUGAACUGAUAUCAGUGAAGAUGCCGUAUUGUUUCCAAGUUCUCCCCGAAACAAUUGCAAUAAAAUGUCAUUUCAUCGAAAAAUCACUUUGUUACCUCCGCCAAGGAGGUUAUGUUUUCGGUAGCAUUGGUUUGUUUGUUGGUCUGUUAGCAACUUAACAGAGAAAGUUACAGACGGAUUGACCUGAAAUUUUCACCAGAGGUGCGUCUCAGCCCCAGGAGGAUCCCAUUGAAUUUUGGUGGUGAUCCGGAUCGCCUUCUGGAUCCAGAAUUUUUUGAAGGAUUCUUUAUCAUUGUGAGAUAGGGCAAAUUUUGGAAUUUUUGCUUUUAACUCUAUAAAAAUGGUCAGAGUCUUUAGUAAAAAAUUACACAAAAGGAUCUCAAUGAGUUUUAUGAGGUGUCAAAGGUUGAUCCUGAUCCAGACAAAAUUCCAGAUACUGUGAUCCAGAACACACAAAAAUAAGGGUGUCGUUGGAAUUGUCAGUGCUGAAAGAUAACCAAUGAGUGGCACAGUGGUGUAGUGGUUAGCACUGUUGCCUAGCAGCAAGAAGGUCCUGGGUUCGAAUCCGGGUCAGGGCAUUUCUUGUUUUAGGAACAUUGUGAACAGUGAACAUACCAGUUUAAACACAAAUAAAAGUUGAUAAAAGACACGUAACAGUAAAAGUUUUGGUGUGAAUCACAAUAUAAGGGGGGACAUGAGCUGCUUGGCAGAGGUCUGUGCUCUCCGAGGGCUUUUCUAGUUUUUCAUUGCAUCACAAAUUAAAAAAAAAACACUUGCUGAAAUGUCCAUGAAUUUCACUCAGCUUACCAGGUUGUGACGUUGUUUUGGUUGUUUCUAAUAUCAGUAGCAGGGUCGUAAUGUUAGUGAAUGCUAACAAAGUCAAAGUAAAAAUGUUCACGAUGAUUUACAGCACAACAGCUUCUUGUCAUUUUCUUUCUGCGUUGACUCCGCUGGUAAACAAAUAAGAAAUGUCCCGCUUUCUGCCCCCUGGCUGCACACGCAUACCUGCAAUGACGUUGCACAGAAACCCGUCUAUAACUUACCUAGCUUUGCUUUUUAUGCUGCCUUACUGAGAGAGGUUAUAAGUGUUGAGGAGUGCAAGGGUUUGAUGAAAAAAUGUACAGGGUAUAAUAUCUGUCAGCUUAAACAGAGUCAGACGACAACAAAGAGGUCAAAGGGUUAAAUAUUUUUACUUAACCCAAUCUCAUAACACUCUCCGCUCACUCCAUUAUUAAAUUUCUCAGUGGAUGAACAUAGAGAGAAAGAAAAACCCUAAUGCUCCCUGUGACUCUUGUUUUAUUACUGAUUCAUGAGAGCGAAAGAAAAGGAACAUGUAUUCUAUGUGGGAGGAAAGAUUACAAGUUUGCUCCUGCCAUUUGCUCCAAACUCUCACCCGGGUAGCAGAUUGUUGAAGAGUUGCACCACUCUCCCUUCAAACAUGUCUGUGUGUUUAAGUCCAGAAAAAUAUAUGUGUUGUCUUGGCCUUUUCAACUCUUUAAAAACAAUCAACCCUUCAGUCCUCCUCGUCUUUCCAGGUUAAGUUUAGAGGGAGUGCUCAGUUGCAUUGAAGUGGAAGCUUAAAAGCAGAGCGGUGAAGCAGACUAAACCUAACGAUGAGCACUUAACUUGUGUAACAUUAGGGAGAUGUCUGUACUCAGCGGAGACUUACCUGACUCUGAGUGGUACCAGACAUGUUUGAGAGAAGAAAUGAUUACAGAGAUCAAUGGACCGUCCUUGACUGUAAAUAGAGAGGCUGUAAUCCUGUCUGGGGACGUAUAGCAUUGAAUAAUCAUAAUGAAAGAAGUAGAUACAGUUAUUAUUAUUACAAGUAUUAGUAUACCAACUCUCAAACUGAGUGGGAUUGAGUUUAGAAAGACAUCCAACAAAUACAGAAAGAAAAACACGAAUAUACAUCAAAUGAGCAAAACAGUACAGAAUUGUUACAAUCAAUACAACAAAUGCUGCAAAAGCUUUUUUCGUAUCAGUUAUUUUAGAAUAUAAUGAGAAGACACUGCUCGUUUUUGGGACCAUAUAGAAAAAGCAUGAUAUGAUUUAGUUGCUGCAGUAUUGUAGAUAAGGUAUGAUUGUACCUAAUGCAGGACGUCUUCAAAUGUAAUGAGUAAAACCUUAAAAGUUCAUUUCAAAGUCAGCUGGAGACCUAUGCAAAUGGGCUAAAACUGAGGAAGGUUUUCUCCCCUUUCUUGAUUAAAGUUUGGCAGCAGCUGUCUGCUAGAAAAGAAGGUUUGUUGAGGUUUUACUGCCCACUAAAGGUUAAUAUAGAGUUAGAAUUUAUUUAAAUGUUUAUAAAAUAAUGUCAAACAAUGUUUGUAGGGAUUAUCGUUAGGGAUUUUAACCUCGAUAACCACUGAUUCUAAGCUUAACAGGAUUGCUUCUGAAAUGUCUCCAUUGUGAUCUUGCCAGAAAAUUCUAUAAAGGUAUCAAGUCGAUUGUAGUUGAUGAUACUACAGACACAUUGAGAUGUGGACUGGUAGUGUGCAACGAAAAGAAAUAAUAUUGUCCCAAUCAUUGCACUAAGAGGAAGAAGUUGUGUACAAAACACAAGGGGACCUAGAAUAUAGCCUUGAGGUACCCCAAAUAUAAGAGAUUCAGUAAAUGGGGUGAAAAAACAAAGAAUGUUUGCAGAGUUUCUAUAAGUUUUGAAAUGCUUCUCGGGCAAUAUCAAAAUUUGAGGUAUUUCCUUACUGCAGAUGUGUUAAUUACUUAAACUAAUAGGUCUGUUAGGUUUUUUUUAGCAUCUCGUAACUGUAUUUGUAUCGGUCUCUGAAAACUUUGCGCAGUUAUGUCUCAGUUUGUUUAUAGAAGCAAAAAUCAAAAGUGAUAAUGGUGUGCUUUUAUUGUUUUUAUUGCUUUUUAUUGUUUUUAUUUAUUCAUUUUUUAAUUUAUGUUGUAUUGUAAAGCACUUUGGUUCACUGAAUACCACCGUAUAAAUAAAGCACAUUUACAUUUACGUUUACAUUUACAUGUGAGUGAUAGCAGUGUUUAGUUAUAUGUCAGAAACAACGGCUGAGUUUGCUCGAUUGAAGAAGGUACAGAAUCAAUCGUACCAUGGAAGCAGUUCAAACUGUUUUCAACAAGAAACAUGACGAUUUUGGAUUGAUAAACAAGAUUUUUGUAUGAAGUAGUAGCCAAGUAACACAUUGGAUAUUGUUUUUGAAGAACUCAGUAUGUUAAAUGCUGGGGAGAAAACACAGAUCAUAUAUGAUGAGCAAUUUGAAACGCAUGUUUUAGAUUUCUGUUCUGCUGAGGAAAAGUCAGCUGUAACAGAGGAGUUAUGUGUGCAUCAGUAGGUGCUGAUCAGCCGAAGUUUCCUGAAUAAUUUGUUGUAUCAACACCGGCAGCCUGCAUGAUAUAUUAAGCCACAGCAGGUUUGUUUUUCAGCCUGACCUCCAUUCAUUCCAGGCAGCAGUUUACAGCGUCUAUCACUGAUUUUUCAGCACAGUUCGCUUCUCAACUCGGUUUCUGCAGCAUAUGAUUAAAAGCCUCAUUCUCUUGUUUUGUUGUGACCUUUUCUGUAAGCUGGGUCUCUUUGCCUGUACUCCAUUUACACAUCACAAACCCCACAUGUUUUAGUUCCCACCUCUGGGGUUUACAUAACUGUAGAACAGCGAGGACCCCUUGUUCACUGUAUAAAAGUUAACAACAUCCCUGAGGAAAGACAGGCUAUGAAAAGCAAUUAGACAGUCUGCCUGAACCCACAUUUAGCAGCCAAUAGUUUGACACAUGAGAGUCAGCUCUUAUUAGAUUCCUGCACUGUUGUAUCAGUUGCUCCUGAGGAUGUCAAUAAAUGGAUUUCCCUCAGUUGUUUGCUUUCAAAUGAGUCCCAAUGCAGGGGACGCUUUUGUUUCUCCAUGUGUAUGCUGGUAGACUAUCCUUUGAAGUUGUUUGUGUCUGAGCUAGUCCAAGAGGAUAUGCACCACUGCCUACGAGCAUGGCAACAACAUCAGAGGGACUGAGAUGAGACAUUUUUGUUGUUUUUGUUGUUAUCGUUUGAUGGACUAUAGCGUACAGUGUGGCUUUAGUAAUGCUAGCUUUGCCCCAGGGCUUGCAGCCAGCCGUGCAGCCUGUGGGUGGAACUGCGCCCACAGAGCCAGGAGGCAGAGGAAUUGGAGGGAGGUAUGAGGUUGUCAUAUACUCUGUCUCAUUAAAAGCACAGUCGAGCCCACCCUUACUCUGCAGUACCCACACAGCUACAAUAUCUAGGACAGCCGUACUAAAAAAAUAACACAGGUGAGCAGAGAGGGCUCCAGCAGAGGUAGGGAAGCCCUCCUAUAAAUAAGUCCGAGAGGAGGAAAGUCAAUGCUCAUAAUCGGUUUCAUUACAGUGAAAUGUAGAAGGCUGCAAACCCUCUGGAGUCACAGCAGUGUGGAGUGUGCCAGGAAACAGUAGACAGACUCACCAACAGUUUUAAAAGCUACUGACAAAAUCAGAGAGGUUGGUGUGCUACCAUAAUCUCCAUAAUUUUAAUUUUAAUUUAUUAAUUAUCAACCAUACAAAGGUCCCGAAAGGAUCAAUAGAGUUCUGUCUAAUCUAAUCUUCAGAUUUUUUCAAUCAUCAGAGACUGAAAUCUGAUUAUGAGGAUCCUCUGUUUCUAUAUGUUCACACUUAAAAUGAUUAAAUUUCAUCACCCUUGCAAGGAGGCAACAGAACUACAAGUUGUUUAAAAUUUCAUCAGUCUGUGUUUUUUUUUUUUUUUUUAUAAAUCUUUUUUUACUCAGAUGUCGUGUCUAAGCUGCAGCCAAGCCAGUUAGGGGAGAGUGGGGUAAGUUGAGCCAAAGGGUAAUUGAACCACCUCCUUGUUGCUUGGAAAUGGUAAAAGAAAUUGAUCAUGUGACCAAAUAUUUAGGAGAUGGGCAUCAAUUCAUGGAGUCUGUGAAGGUUAGAAGCACAUGGGUGAAGAGGUUAGACAUUUUUCACUCUUGAAAGUGAAUUUAGUCUGUCAUCAGUUUUAUUAGAAUUGUGUUCAGACUUUAAAAGAUCAUUUAAAAUUUUUAAAUUAUCUAUGAGCUACAACAUGAGGUCAAAAACUUAGAAUAAAAGUCCACCAUUUUAGCUUAGAGGACUAAAAAUAGUGAUCGUUCUAGGGUAAGUUGAGUCAGUGGCUCAACUAAGAAAGUAAAGGUAGUAAAAGGGUAGUAAAGGUACGGCUCAACUUACCCCGCUCCUAUGGAGACCACUUUUUUUGGCAUGCUAUAUUACCAAGACAGUUAUGUUUACACUCAUUUUGUUGGUUUGCAGGGAUGCACAACAUCUUUAAAUAUAUGCAGAUACAUGAGUUAGAGACAAAACUAUGAUCACCUUGAUGUAGUGAUCCCAAAUAUGAAAAAUGGCUCAUCUUACCCCACUCUCCCCUCCUGUUAGCCGAGCGUAGCUGUGCAGAGAUGAGUAACCAGCACAGGUAUGUCGCUGUUCGCAAAACUCUGCAGACCACUUUUAAAUCGUUUACCCAUGAUCCCACUCUUCAGUUCUCUGUUUAGAUUCGUUUUGAUGGUUUUGUCUUUGUACUGGAUGUUUUCUUUCCCGUAAACGAGUCGGUUGGAUGGAAAUGGAUUUCUGUGUAAACAACAAGGAAAUUCUUCACGAUUGAAUUGCCCCGAUUUUGGAUAUCUUUUUGUUGGACAAAACAAACAAUUUGGCUGAUGGUAUUAGUCAGUGCCAUUUUUCAACGUUAUCUGACAUUUCAAGGACUAAAUAUUCUGGCCCUAGACUUUUAGUCAUGGUUGAAUAGUAUGACAAAGGCAACUCUGGUUAUAGUAGAUUAAGUAAAUAAUUGAAUAAACCAUUGAUGCAGAUUUUAUCCUUAUGUCAUAAUGAAGAGAAGGACUUUGGAGAACAGCUGAAUCACAUUUUGCACCAUCAGUUUGUCCCGUGUUGAGUUUCUGUCCCAUUUUGCCCCAUGAUCUUUUUAUUCCUAUCUCUAAUUUUUAAUGGCUUUGAAAGAGUAAAAUGAUCCAGUGAUUUAAAAACAAAAAGCAAAGAAUAAUCAGACAAUUUGAUGCAGAUCCUUGAGCAGAUCAAAUCUGGAUCAAGACAGAUGGUAAGAUUAUUUAAGAAUGGAAGAAGACUAAAUAAAAACAGCACGAACAGGAGAGGCAAUGAGCGAGAAGGAGGAAAGUGAAGCAGGGAGAGAUGAAUUAUAGCCAGUUCCUGGAAUCGAUAAUCCUGCGAAUCACAGCCCUGGGGUGCUACAGAUCUUUUUCUUUCCUCUAACCAGGCAGAAAGGGUGACAGAUGUAAAGCAUGCAGCCUGCCGAUUUAUAAAGCUCUGAGACAGAGCAGAGAGAGAUGCAUGGAUAAUCCUCAGUGUGCCUGAGGAAGCAGAGGGACGAGCGAAGGCAAACAGGACUAAGACAAAGGGAGGAUAAACUUAAGGCCACUUAACCAGAACAUUUUUCCACUGUUUGUCGGAUUUUUUAAACGUCUCCCACGCUCCCACCUCAUUGUCAUUUGUUUGGCUGAUUCCUCCCGCUGACUUCUUCCAAGUCUGAAUGCUGGUACAAACAAAAGAUUUCUAAUGCAUUGCAGCAGGCUCUUUCUUAUCCUCCAGUGCUGCCAUCUCAUGCAGGGAGCUUACUUAGAGCUCUCCAAUGCAUAUUUAACAAUACGAGUGUGGAGAGAACAUUUUGUUUCAGAUUGCUCAGAGCUGCCCUAUGCAGUGAGAGAUACAAUGAUCCAACCUGACAGCUGUGAUAGUAAUAGUGGUGUUUUUCUUCAAAAUGGGUUCACCUCACACCUGUUGUCUGGAGUCAUUCUCACUGAGAGAGACCAUCACUUGCUUUUAUCACUUUUGUCUCGCUCCCAUUUUUGUCCCAUUACUGUGGGUUUGUCCAUAAAUCACCUCUGCUUUUAUCCUCCUGCCCUCUGCUCAAGUUACCAGAGUCCUUCUUUAAUAGAACUGCAGGAACAAUGACGGGAAAAGUUUAUCAGUUUAGAACAAAAACUUAUUUACUUUGACUCGAAAAGGCAUUAGUACUAUAAGAAGGUUCAGUCCAGAGGUGACAAAAUCUGUCUGCACUGCCAAAACUUGCUAAAAUAUGUUUAAUUUCUACAAAGUCACAAACUCACAAAAUUGCACAUGUGUAUGGGUGAAAUUAUUUAUUGGCAAAGUCAUAAAGGUCGAUGACUGUGAGAUCUGACUCUUAAAGGUGGGGUAGGCAGGAAUCCGUCAAAGAAGCAUCUUUUUUGUGUUGAAUAUACAAAAAAGGUUUUAAUAUCAGUCAAUAGCUAUUAGUUAUUGAUGACAUUUGGUAAUAUAAAAAUAUCACUGUGUUUUGUUAUGUCUGUGUAGUCAACAUUUUAAAUUCUUUGAGCGGCCCACUCUUUCGGACUGUUAACAAAGCCUUUCUCUGCCUCCCCCGAUCUGAUUGGUUGUGAGGCGGACGCUGCUCCCUCAUGUUGUGAGCCACGCUCCAUGUCCUCGAAUAACGUGCACGAGCCCAAACAAAGUUAGCGUGCUACAAUAUCGGACAGUAGAAACCAACCAGAGAGUACAGAAAAUUGUCUGACUCCUUCUUUGGCCACAACUGCUAACACAAGCAAGAAAACAAAGGAAAUACCAGAGACUCUGUCGGAAUAACGAGCGCUUAAAACGGAGGUAGACUGGACAAGAGCUAAAAAGUGUUCACAUGCCUGUAACCUUUCUGCUGGACAGGUAAACCGCUUUAACAAAGUAAUAAAUAAAGUGUCUGUAACAGAAGUGUUUCUUGUCAAAUGGGACCUGCUGCGUGUUGUAGCGCCGCUAAACUGUUUACCUCGGGUCCUGGAGUAUGUCACUUUAUCCUAGUUUUUUAGAAGUCCUGCAAACAUUGUGUUUGCUGGUAGUCUGUUGGCAUCUACAGUAGCACCAAUGCUUUUUACUUUCACGUUGACUGGUCCCCAUUUGUAAUUAUCUGAAGUAUUUAUCUGCAUUAUAUCUGAAUUUAAUUAAAACGAUAUGAGCGAGCAAGAGCAUCUGUUUGUGGGCGGGGCUUGCUGGAGCAGAGAGGGAGGGGAGAGGAGGAGCUGAGGGGAAAACUGGUUGGGAGGGGUAGAGUUUACAUCCAAGAUUUCUCCCAAAAACUGGCGCUCCCUCAGAUCCUGACUACCCCAUCUUUAAGUUAGUCAAUGUUAGAGGCCUUCAGCAGUUAUUUGUUUGUUUUUUUUGUUGUUGUUGUUUUUUCCUUUGUUGCUUUUAAGUAAAAUAGGCAAUUAUGGUCCUGAGGUACUUUUUUUAAGUGCAUCAUAAUGAUCAUUGUGAAAAAUCACCCUAAUGCCCUAAAACUGUUUAUAUAUUAUAUAGUAGAGAAAUACAAGCAAACAGAAUGAUGUGAUAAUGUCGACAAAGUUGAUAUUUUUUUAAAUUUGCAUUAUUUAACUGCUUUUAAGAGACUGCAGAAGAAAUUUGGAGACGUCAUAUGUGGUGGGGGAGGUGCUGUUGCAAAUAUAUUAUUAUCAUCUGGGAAACACUGUAUUAUCACAGGAAAUCAAAUAUAUGCACGCAUGUCCACAUGAGGCUUCCGUAGUAUGCUCCUCGUGUCUGCAUUAGCAGCUUCUUGCACACAACACUAAAACCUCCCACAGAUCCCGCUGUGAUCAAUUUGCAUCGUGGGUUACAGCAUAGAAUAAAACGGACAACCCCCCACUCUCCCCUGCUUUAUUUUUGAACACUUAUGAGAGAUUGAAAGCAGUAGUGAUUCAGGACUGCAGCGCUUGAUUCUUGAGUGCUCCACAUGCAUAACAAUGUGCGAGCUGUAUCAGUCUUUUUCCUUUUCUUUGAAUCUUUUAUUAUCACUUGUGUUGAAUGCAGUCCUACAGCGGGGGAUCAGAGCAGUUUGUUAAUUUGUUGAUCAGCUCUACUGGGUUAUUUCUCCGUCCUGUGUGACCUAAUUCACAAAGACAGAUAAACAGAUCCGUCCUGGAUAAAUAUCACGCCUCAAACUGACAUAUUAAAGACAGCACAGCCCCACCCUGAGACAAGAUGAUAUACCGUUCACUGAUUGGUCCAGACAGAAAGGAUAUUUGUUUUCUUGUUUUGUCUGUUUUUCAAUCCAUCAGUUGAUUUCUUUCUUUUGAUGGUCGCAGUCGCGGGAUGCUGGCUCAGAGAUGGCUUCACGGGAAUGAAAACUGAAAACAGCUGAUGCUUUUCAGGGGCCGACGUUCAGCCCAUGAGACAGAAUUUGUUACUUGAGGAACUCUGACUGAGACACAUUUAAAUGCAAAUUUUUUCCUUUACAUUAUUGAUUGCUACACACUCUACUGGUGGAUGCUGUUUGUUUUUUGCAUACUUUGCAGUUCCCCCUGUAUUAGCAGGACUCGCUAAAUCAAUAACCUCAGCAUCAUUAAGUAAAGAUCGUUUGUCUUUACACAGUGUUUCAACUUAGUGCCAGUGCUGAAGAUCUGGCAAAUCUGUAAUACUGUCUGCAACACUUACCUUUUGUUUUGUUUUGUUUUGUUUUGUUUUUCAUUUUUGGUGAGACCUGCUGACAAAGUUUGUUGAUCUUUCUCAAACAGUCUGAAGACCACCCUGAAGAAGAAACUGUCUGGCGAUGUGGUGAACCUGUCGGGCAUCCCUUUGUCAGGCCGAGACGUGCACCGUGUGGCUUUUUACCUGCAGAGCAGCACUGAUGCGGUGUCAGCUGUGGAUCUCAGCUUCACAGAGCUGCAGGAUGAGAGCUUGAGGCUGUUGCUGCCCUCCCUUGGCUGCCUGCCCAAACUGUCCAUACUAGCCAUCAAUGGAAACCGUCUGACUGUGGCCAUCCUGAAAGACCUGACAGAUGCUGUGAAGGAUCCAAAGAAGUUCCCCAAACUGGCCUGGGUGGACCUGGGCAACAAUGUGGAUAUCUUCACCGUGCCGCAGCCGCUGCUCGUGGCCCUGCGGCGGCGUUUCGGGUUACGCAGCAGCCUCCCCACCAUUUAUGAAUACAGAGAGGCUCAGGCAAUUAGCGGCUGCACACCAAACAUGGAGACCUCUGUGGAGGAGCCCAGCCUGUGCGAGGAAGGCGAUGGAGAGGAGGAUGAUAGAGAGGAGGAGGAGGACCGGCUGGAGCUUCAAGCCUGGGGCUAUAGAGAAGAAAACAUAUCAAAAAGUGUGUCAUUGGACUUCUGUGGGAGGUGA